CUCACGCAUGCGUGUUCAGAUUUUCUAAAAUACCGUCAAGGAAGCAGUGUGCUUUCGUUGAUUCUCAAGGACCUCGCAAACACUGAAUUUGCAGUUUAUAAUGUCAACGAGUGACUUUUAUUUGAGAUAUUAUGUCGGGCACAAGGGAAAGUUUGGACACGAGUUCUUGGAAUUUGAGUUUAGACCAGACGGUAAGCUGAGAUACGCGAACAACAGCAACUACAAGAAUGAUGUCAUGAUCAGGAAAGAGGCGUACGUACACAAAAGUGUGAUGGAGGAACUGAAGAGGAUCAUAGAUGACAGUGAGAUCACCAAGGAAGAUGAUGCAUUGUGGCCACCCCCAGACAGAGUGGGCAGACAGGUCUGUCCAUUCUACUCACACAUACCUAAAUAAAUACUGAUACUUGUAAAAGCAUGGUGUAUGUUGAGGAAAGCAGAGCGUCUCCUACUUAUUGUGCUCUUGGUAAUGUCUAGCUUACGCCUGUUUACUUAGUGAUUUUAGCUCUCAUGGGGCUGUGACCUCAGUCCCGUCCUCAUCAGACUUAUACAAAUCUGUCCAACAAAAUAAAUGUGACCAGUGUUCAAUUCUGACCCUUUCAGCACAAG